AUGGCUAUGAAAGUAUCACCAGACCUGAAUAUCAACAUGACCAAUAUACUGAAAAUUGAGAAUUUUAUAAAUGAUCAAUCGUAUAGUGAAUUAAUUGAGUAUAGUGCAAACUUCAAUUCUCGACUCUGUAUCGAGCGCAGAUUGAGAAUGCCAUUUCUCGAUCCACAGACCGGAGUCGCACAGAAACAUUCAAAUCUAUAUUUUAAGAAAUCUCAGAGGCUGCCAGGCCUUAAAGAAGGGCAGAUUUACACAUAUCCAUCGACACGUUGGCGAUGUAAAACAACUUCAAUGAAGUUCAACAAUCGACCAUUUUAUAGAUUUCGAGCUGCUGAUAAUUGCACCACAUUAAAUUCUUCAAAUAACACAGUAUAUACGACAGCAACUAGUACAAUCAGCACUUCAAAUGUAAAUGGAACUGAUGGUGAUGUGAGUGAUUUUCAAGCGCUCAUCGACGCUGAAUCAAAUAGCUUCGGUGCUGGCGACACUGACUCAAAAGAUAGUCAAAACCUGAAAGAUGAAACAAUGACUAAGGAUUGGUUCUUCGAAGAUAUGGAUGCGCAUGAUAUGGGGUCAGAGGAGCAAAACGAUUCAGACUUCGACUAUAAUAUAAAUGGAUACAAACGGAAGAAGAAGCCAGUAACCACACGAAAGUCUAGUCGUAAGCCAAAAGAUCCGGAAAUGGUCAAAAAGAGCAGAUCAGGUGGUAGUUCAAAUCGAAAUAGAAAGUCAUCAUCAAGAAAGGGUAAUCGAGCUGAUGGCUCGUUGACAUCAUUUGAUGUUGAGCCGCCUUCCUUCGAUUCAGUUCAAGGUGAUUUGAUGGAUGGAAGUUCUGUUGGUGCUUAUAGAAGCUUUUAA